GGAUUCAAAACAAAAAGCGCGCGCGUUCCAAAUUUAAAUUGCUGAGUUCGAAAGGAUUACUCGUGAUCGCCGUUGAAUUUGAACUCGCGUUCGUAAUUGAUUAUGAAUUCCAGAUGAACGAAAUGGAAUGCAUUAGAGCAAAAUAACUAGGCUCCAAAGUGUUGAUAAUUGUGUAUUUAAAUAUUAUCAAACAGUAUUUGGAUGACGUCCAGGUCAAUAACCUGCCACCAUGGGGGACAUGUUCAGGAGCGAAGAGAUGGUGCUGUGCCAGCUCUUCGUGCAGCCGGAGGCGGCGUACGUCUCAAUGUACGAGCUGGGAGAGGCUGGCAUCGCGCAGUUUAGAGACCUGAACCCCCACGUAAAUGACUUCCAACGUCGCUACGUCACAGAAGUGCGGCGCUGCAGUGAAAUGGAACGCAAGCUGAGAUGGGUCGGGUCCCAGCUACCAGAGCCGCCUCCACCACCAAAACCAGGGCCUAGAAACUUGACACCGAGGGAGAUUAACAUACUUGAGGAAAGAAUCGACUACAUCGAAUCAGAAAUCCAAGAGAUCACCCGCAACGCCCAAAACCUCAAAACUGAUUACCUCUCUCUCAUCGAGCUGAAACUCCUGAUCGAGAAGAUGCAGACCUUCUUCCAAGACCACAGCGCCCAGAGGAAGAUAUCAGCGUCAGUCCAGAUAUAUAACGGGGAGGGGGUGUUGGCACAUCUAGGGUUUAUAGCGGGGGUGGUCGCCACGCACAGGGUGCACUCCUUUGAGAGGAUGCUGUGGAGGAUCUCGCAUGGAAAUAUAUUCUUUAAACAAGCACAUAUUGAGCAGCCGCUCAGGGACCCAGUGACGGGUCACGAGCUCCAAAAGACAGUGUUCGUCGUUUUCUUCCACGGCGAGCAGAUCAAACUCCGAGUGAAGAAGGUCUGCCACGGCUUCCAGGCGACGCUCUACCCAUGUCCUGCCACAUACAAGGAACAACUGGACAUGCUGGCUGGUGUGGCCACUAGGAUACAGGACUUGGACAUGGUUUUACAACAAACGGAAAACCACCGCCGCCUCGUCCUCCAAAACAUAGCCCGAGACAUCAGCACGUGGAUGGUAGCAGUUCGUAAAGAGAAGGCCAUAUACCACACACUGAACAUGUUCAGUAUGGAUAUAGUCAAGAAGUGCCUUAUAGCAGAAUGCUGGGUGCCACGGAGAGAUCUGUCGACGCUUCAAAAAGCAUUGGAUGAUGGAGUGAGAGCCACAGGCAGCCUAAUCCCCUCCAUCAUGCACCACGUGCCCACAUUGGAGGUGCCCCCCACCUACAACCGCACCAACAAGUUCACUACCGGCUUCCAGACCCUCAUUGAUUCCUAUGGAAUCGCGAGCUACAGGGAAGUCAACCCAGCUCUAUACACAAUCAUAACAUUCCCUUUUCUCUUCGCCGUGAUGUUCGGUGACUUCGGCCACGGAAUCCUCAUGACCGCCUUCGCCGCCACCCUCGUCAUCAUGGAGAAGCGGUUCCUCAAAGUCAAGAGUGACAACGAAAUCUGGAACAUCUUCUUUGCUGGCCGCUACAUCAUCCUUCUAAUGGGCAUAUUCUCCAUGUACACUGGCUUAAUAUACAACGAUAUGUUCUCUAAGAGUUUGAAUAUCUUUGGGAGUAGUUGGAAGAAUUUGUAUGACGCAGAGACGCUGAAUUCGAGUCAUGCUUUUGAUUUGGAGCCGGCGGAAGCGUAUGUGCAAGUUCCUUAUCCAUUCGGGUUGGAUCCAGUGUGGCAAUUUGCAGAGAAUAACAUAAUAUUCCUAAACUCAUUCAAGAUGAAACUGUCAAUUAUAUUUGGAGUGAUACAUAUGGCGUUCGGUGUAACAAUGAGUGUGGUAAACUUCAACUUCCUGAAGAAGCAGCAGAUGAUAUACUUACAGUACAUACCGCAGAUACUGUUCUUGUUGCUGCUGUUUUGGUACCUUUGUAUACUGAUGUUUAUGAAGUGGACGAUGUAUUCAGCUAUUUCGCCAGAUCCCGCCUUCAACACACACUGCGCACCCUCUGUUCUGAUUCUCUUCAUCAACAUGAUGCUCAUGACUGAGACAAAGGCGAAACCUCCAUGUGAAGCCUACAUAUUCCCUGGACAGGGUCCGCUGCAGUCCACGUUCAUUGCUAUAGCUCUGCUAUGUGUUCCUGUCAUGCUGUUUGGGAAGCCGAUAUACCAUGUGAUGGCAGAGAGGAAACGAAGGAAAUACCAACAAGGAGUGGAAAGCGGUGAAGCCACAGAGAAAGACCCCCACGACGGAGGCAUGGGCGAGAUGUUGAUCACACAAGCCAUACACACCAUAGAAUACGUGCUGGGCACUGUCUCCCACACCGCCUCAUAUCUGCGACUGUGGGCGCUCUCACUCGCGCAUGCACAGCUCUCAGCAGUCCUCUGGCAGCGAGUGCUAGUGAACGGGCUGGGCACGUUCCCCGUGAAGGGGUUCGUGAUGUACUUCGUGUUCGCCAUCUGGGCGUUCUUCACGCUCGCGAUCUUGGUGCUGAUGGAGGGGCUCUCCGCGUUCCUGCACACGCUGCGGUUGCAUUGGGUGGAGUUCAUGAGCAAGUUCUACGAAGGGCAGGGCUACCCGUUUAUGCCGUUCUCCUUCUCCGCCAUCUUAGAAACGGAGGACGACGAGAUGGGACAGGCGGCCAGUCCACCGCCGGAGUCGCCUGUCAGCCAUUAGAGCCCUAGUGUAAGAAUUGUAAGACACCGGUCAGCUCAGCCACAGUAUAAUAAAGAGUAUUAUCGUACAGUAUGGCCUCCCUAGCCCCGGUGAAAGGCCAGCAUCAACCAGAGUUAACAGACACGUCAAAGUCACGCAGCAAAAGUCUAUGGAAUUUCCCAUACAAAAAAAACAGCGAUCUCUAAAUUCGGUAACACUUAAUGUUGCAUGGUUGCACCAAACCAUCCGUAACUGUAGAGGAUAUACCGCCAAUAAUUAUUGCCGAAAAAUCUUUAGCACAGCUCAGGAGAUCUUGGAGAUAUUACACAAAAUGCUGACAUACCACCACUUGGUAGUGAAAAAUUUAAAAAUCGUUAGUGCCUUUUCUAUUCGAUGUAAAGGGAAGCAGUUUUUUUAGACUUUUAAGUUUUGGUCGUAAACUCAGAGAAGAAUCAAAGACAGAAUGCUAUGGUUAAUUGUCGUUGAUGAAUUACGUUAUUCUGAUAACUUAUAAGCCUCAUGAUAGUCAUGACGCUUUUUUUCAUAUAUUUUUUUGAUGGAAUCAUGUAUUUGUCUGUUUCUUGUACGAACGGCAUAUCGUGUAAACAUAUAGGUACAGAAUUCAUUGAAAGAUUUGAAGCUGGCCGGCUAGAAUAAGCAUAUCGCUUGUAAAAGACUUUCUUAUAUUAAUAAGUUCUUCAACACCGUCAUCGGCAUACAACGAACUAUCCACAUAUUUUGGGUCAUUAUACUCAUUAUAAUACUCGAUUUUGAUAUACAAACAAUCAUUCUUACUGAAUACUAUUCUAAGAAUACUUACAGACAUUAUAAAAUAAUACUUACAUUACCAAAAAAUGAGAAUAGGCUAGUUUCCUAUACUUAAAAUAAAAUAUGUUAUGCAGUGCACGAACUAAAGCACCACGUAAAGUAAUUAGAAGAAAUAAUUAUAGGUAUGGACAGUAGUUAUGUUUAAACAUAAUAAGUCAGCAAGAAAGAUAUAAAGUAAAUUAAUUGAUCGUGACGUCACUCCUCAGUAUAUUUCAUAGUAAUUCCAUAUUAUUAAAUCGUUUUGACAGUUCUUAAAAAGAAGCUAAUUUUACUAGUAGGAAACUAGCCUAUUUACGUGCAGUAAAUUUACGUAAGACAUGAGAAACUUUGAAGCAAAUAUUUGUAAUGAAUCCUCAAUUUUUCUUGAGAACAAUUUAUUUUACUCUCCUCACAAAAUUAUGUUUGUAAGUAUACGUAGUAAUGUGUAUGACAGUGUGUAACAUAGUUUACAAUGUUUACAUGGUUAAUAAACUCAACAAUACCGUACAAGACACACUUUGGAGUCUGUGUUCAAUUCUACACAAAUCCAAAGAACUUUAUCAAAGGUCAAGUAGGUGCCGCACUUCAGAAAAAAGAAAGAUCACAAAGUUUAUAAGAAUGGUCACCUAAUAUAACCUUUUUGAUCUUACUUUCAUCUACCUAAUUGCCUUUAUCUCUCAAUCAGACGUCAAGCAAGAGUGAUAGAAAGAUAAGAAAAAAUGUUUAAAGGAAUUUAUAAUUUGAAAGAUUUGUUUGAACGGAGGUAUACUCUUGGGUCGACUCGUUCGUUUUUCGUCACGUUCCUAAAGCCCGAUUCUGCUUUCGUCAGCCAUUCUUCAUUCGUCAACUUAGUCUGCAGUCAUUAUCGUCUUUGACCAUAAUGAGU